AUGAUGCAACUGUGACUGCGGCAUUCCCAAAAGCACAUGAGACCGAGAAUGCGUCACGAUGCUCAGGCUUAGAAAAAACCGGCAACACGACCUCACCUCAUUUCCAUAAAUCUGUUACAUCGCCGAACACUGAUUGCGCAAAAGCGCAUCUGCUUAGAUCAAAAAAACAAUUGAAAAAGAAUCUUUUUUCCACACCUGAAGAAAGCUGUGAAGAAUUUUCUAUUGUAGCUGUACUAGCUUAUUUCAUUCACCUUGUUAUGGAUGCUGAAAUAAGAGAAGGACCAAACUGUUACGAGAAUCAACUACGAGCCAUGUCGAUGUGUUGGUCUGGAUUUGAUCCAAUGGGUUCAUACGGCGCCACAUCCAAUUAUUCACAUCAAUCCGGUACAUGUCCAACGUUACCAAUGGCAAUUGCCACGCAAAACGACCAGCAGAUAGUACAUCAAUUUCACCCAUGCAAUUUUGUCUCCUUUGCGCAACAUUUCUCAACAUUGUCGUUUAACAACAGUAAUACACCUUCAACCUCAUCCUUAUCAUCGCCUUCAGUAUCAACCAAAAAGAAACCCGUUCCCGUUCCUGAGAACCUGAAAGACGAGGCAUAUCGUGAACGUAGGAUGAAGAACAAUGAAUCAGCCAGAAAAUCCCGAGAACUGAGGCGUCAAAAAGAAGAAUCAACGCAAUUAAGAUGUGACCAGCUUCUGCAUGAGAAUCAUCUUCUGCGAGCCGAACUGUCCUUAUUACGGAGCCAAAUGGAACAAUUCCGACAAAUCUUUUCUAUUUCUUCCAACAAUUCACAACAAAACUUCGCCCCCAACAGUUCUGCUCCUGGUUUGUAA